CGCCCCUCCCUCCCGUUCUCUCCGGCCCAAGAUGGCGGCGGCGGCGGGGCGGGGUUGAGGCGUUUCCGCCGCUUCCGCCGCCCGCAGGUACCGGCGGCUCCGGGGGACCCGAGGCCGCCGCUCCCCGGGCCCGAUCCCGCCAUGCGGCCCCGCGCCCCCCGCUGAUCCGGCCAUGCUGCGGCGGCUGCUGGAGCGGCCCCGCUCGCUGGCGCUGCUCGUCGGCUGCCAGUUCGCCUUCGUGGCCUAUUUCUCGCUGGGCGGGUUCCGCAACCUCACCGCGCUCUUCGGCCGCGCCGCCGGGCCCGUCUUCGACUACUCCCGCACCCACGACGUGUACGCGAACCUGAGCCGGCUGCUGCCCGCCCGGACCGGCCCGCCCGACCCCGCGCGGCCGCUGCCGUUCUGCCCCGAGCGCUCGCCCUUCCUCGUCGGCCCGCUGACCGUGACCUUCAGCCGGGUGCCCACGCUGGAGCAGAUCCGCGCCAAGAACCCGGCGGUGCAGGAGGGCGGGCGGUACCAGCCCCCCGGCUGCGAACCGCGGUCCCGCACGGCCGUCAUCGUCCCCCACCGCAACCGCGAGAGCCACCUGGGCCACCUGCUCUACUACCUGCACCCCUUCCUGCAGCGCCAGCAGCUCCAGUACGGCAUCUACGUCGUGCACCAGGCCGGUAACUCCACGUUCAACCGGGCGAAGCUGCUGAACGUGGGGGUGAAGGAGGCGCUGAAGGAUGAGGAGUGGGACUGUCUGUUCCUGCACGACGUCGACCUCAUCCCCGAGAACGACCACAACCUCUACGUGUGCGACCCAUGGAACCCCAAACACGUCUCCAUCGCCAUGAAUAAAUUCGGGUACAGCCUCCCGUACCCCCAGUACUUCGGGGGGGUCUCAGCCCUCACCCCCGACCAGUACAUGAAGAUCAACGGGUUCCCCAAUGAAUACUGGGGCUGGGGCGGUGAGGACGACGACAUCGCCACCAGGGUACGCUUGGCCGGCAUGAAGAUCGCCCGCCCGCCCAUCUCCAUCGGCCACUACAAGAUGGUGAAGCACAAGAGCGACAAAGGCAACGAGGAGAAUCCCCACAGGUUCGACCUGCUGAUCCGCACGCAGCGCAUGUGGACGCAGGACGGGAUGAACUCGCUCACCUACACGCUGCUCGCCAAGCAGCUGCGCCCGCUCUACACCAACCUGACGGUGGACAUCGGCACCGACCCGCGCGCCGGCCGCCGCGCCCGCGAGGGCCAGAGGUACCGCGGCGCCAACAGCCCCUUCCGCGAGGAGAUGCUGCGCAAGCCGCCCCGCGACGCCGCCGCGGGCUGGGGGGACCGGGGGCUGGCUCUGUCCCUGUCCCCCCGCCUGCCCCCGGCCACCGCGCAGCAGCCGCCGGCGGGGAACGGCACCCACGGCGGCGCCGGCUCCCCCGCGGCACCGGGGAUCACCCAGCGCAUCCCUGAGGCUGCCGGGGAGGGCGAUGGCCACCCGGGGACCCUGCCCACCCGUGGGGACAACCAGAGCUUGCCGCACGGCACCCGUUAGCCACCACGGUCCCCAUGGACUCUGCUGCCGUGACGGGGAAGGGACCCCGUUGUGUACGGGGGGGUUGUGGCCUUGCUGGAGAGACCGGGGGGAGCUACUGGGGAGCUGCUGGUCACGGGGCCAGCGCCGGGUGCUGGGGGUGGCGCCGGCUCAGCCGCGGCCUCGCCCGGGGCUGCGGUGCUGGAUGGUGGGUCCAGGCUGCGCUGCCGGCACACGGUUAUUUAUUCUAUUUAUGAGCUGCUCCCUGGACCUUUAUAAGGGUUUUUCAAUUAAAAAAACACUUUGUCCUACA